CAGCAGCCGUCUUCUUCGGGGUCGGUGCGCUCGCUCGCUCACCUCCUUUUCUCUCUCCUCCUGUCUGUAUGGAACUAUGGAGUACUGGAUAGGAAAGUGGGGACCUCUCUGUCGUUGAGUCUUUGGGACAUGACUUGUCUGUCUUCUUUUUUUCUUUUUUCUUCUUUUAUCUUGUCUGUUUUGUUUCGGUUUGGUCUUUCGACCCUUGAGAGCUUCUACUAUACCCUCAGCUCCACUUCACCCUAUCCACCACUACUGCAUCUCUCACCGAGAUUACCUGGAUCCAAUGACAGUGGCGAAACCAUUGGACUCAGCUAUCCAAUUCAGUCUCUGUUUCCCAGCGGACAACGACGUCAAAAGGAAGAUACACUAAGAUGAUCGCCGUGGGACCGGCCCAUCACGAUCGACCAAACAUGCAUUA